AUGGAGAUUUUCCAAUCUAUAUGUUUUGAAUACUAUAAGCGUUUGGAUACAAGGGAAUUUGAUGGCAACAAAGAAUCUGAUAAAGAGCCCAAUGAGGGAGAAAUCAGUGAAGAAGAUGAUGAUGAUGAGGAUGAGAACUUAGAUGACAGUGAUGACUUUAAAGCCUGGAGCAAUGAUGAAGAUGAUGAGUCUGGAUACUAUGUACCUAACGACCCAAAGUCCAUACGCUCUGAAGACUACGAGCAUUUGGAUGCAGGGGAAUUUGAUGUUCAAGUGGAAUAUGAUGAAGAAUCUAGCGAAGAAGGGGAUGAUGACGAUGACCAUGAGGUUGAGAGUGAAGAUGAGAAUGAUAGAGAUGACUUUGAGUCUCAAGGUGAUGAUGAGGAUCUAGGAGGAUAUUCGGUAUACGGAAUCGGAGAGGAUGAGUCGAUAGUUGAUCCCACAUAUGCUAUUCAGUCGGCACUCAUAAUCCACGUGGAAGGGGAAGAUCCGACAUCAGAUUUAGAAGAUAGUGAAAGAUAUGGGAUCACUUUUGAAGGUGAGGGAACUCCUGUGGUAGAACACAUGGCUUAUGUCUAUAAUCGCUUGGUUGACCUCAAACUUGAGGCUGAUGAGAUUGAUCAAAUGUUAGGUGAAAUAGCCAUUAGUGAACAAUGCUAUACUGAGCAGUUGAGAAUCCUUAAAAAAAUAGGGGGACAUGCGACACUUACAAAAAUGGUGGAUACAACAAUUGUGUGGCUUUUGAAUGCAGUUAAGAAGGUGCGACCCAAGGCCUUGACAUUUACGGAGGACCUCGACUUCCCACCCCUAGCAAGGAAGGAGAAUCAGGAGAGGAAAAUGAUCCUAUGGUAG